AUGGAGAACGAGCAUGGUCCCGUAGGUCCCAUACACCAAUCUCGUCGGCCACCACUACGAGCUCGACCACAGUCUUGGCAUCCAGAUGGCCCAGUUGAGUCUCCGCUGGAAGGUCCCCCCUCGAGAUCUAUAGGCGUUCAUUCUAUCUUGAAUCCACCGGCUCAGACAAUAGAGGCCACUAGCAGUGGUCUAGGCUCACAAAGUGCAUCGAGAAAAUCUUCUCCGCGACCACGAACGGGCUUUUCACCCGUUAUGCGUCCCAUGCAUUCCAUUAUGCAGCAUCCGCUAUCUCCCAGGCCGACCGGUUGGCCAUUGGGAAACCCUAGCUCGCCAUCAGCGCGAUUCGUGGGCAGGGGAAGGAGCGGGCAAUCCAGCGUCUCGCAUUCUUCUCUGGUUUAUCAUGAACCUCCGAUGGGUCUACGACAAGCUCCAGCGAGCUCUCCUCUCCCAAACCCACCUUUACGACCUCUUGCUGCGUUGCCUGCUAUUCAAGCCUCAAUGCCAGCAGCACUACACUCCACACCAAUUAUCCAUUCCAGACGCACCAGUGCGGGUCCAGCGCCAUUGAAGAAUCCUACAUCUCAAGAAACCACCCCCGGCGCGCCCCAUUCAACAUAUAGCCGAUUGGGACGUGCUUCACCAGCCGUAACAAACAUGUCAGCUCCACCGAGUGUAGCCUCAUACGCAGCUGCCUCAACACCUUACAUGACAAUGGAAACCCUGACUCGAGGUAUGCCUGCAGUUGCGGGUCCCCGCAGCAUUGCAGAAGAACCAGCAUCGAUCCCUUCCAAUCGAGUACCAAGCGUUGGACCCGGCACGCAAGCGAACGCAGUGCCCCCAAGAGCAAGAAUACUAUGCCAUGUAGACUAUAAGUCCGGCUCAACCAGCCAAGCCGAAAAGCGUAAAGCAAACAGCGACGCCUCGCGCCGAUUCCGCAAUCGCAAACGCAACGAAGCGCAAAUGGAACAACGACUCACUUCCCAACAAGAUGAAAUCCUGCGCCAAACCGAGGAAAUCCGAGCCUUGACCCAGCAACGCGAUCACUAUAAGGCUGAGCGCGAUUUCUUCCGCGAUUAUCUUGCUCGCUUCGUUCCUCUAAACCAACUUCCGCCUCGACCUUCAUCUCCCCGUUAUUCGUCCUCGAUCCCCGCCCCGCUUCUCCCUACACCUGCCAUGGAGACAGCCCCGACACCAACAUGGUCGGGCGGUGAUGCCGGACGAACUGCGUCUGGUGCGCAGCCUGUAUCAGCAGGAUCACCGCGACCGCAGGGUAGUUGGCCUGGAACACCGAUCCCGUACGCUGCUGUACCACAUGACUCCACGCCACGGGUUCUUGGAAGCGACUCGGCCCCUUCAGCACUACCUGUCUCUGGGGGAUCAUUACCUCCAUUCCACGGGUCCUGGCCCCGGCAAUAA